CCUGGAGAGUUAUUUUUUAAAAGUAAAAGGAAUUCAAAUACAAAAAAAACAGAGAAUGCACGGUGCAAACUAAUCGGUGCUUUUGGCCGGAGCAAAUCGAGCAGACCUAAGUUCUUCAAUCGGUGCUUUCGAUUGUCGUGGACUCAUUAUCAGCCAUCACACGAGGUAGAAGAUCAUCCUCGGACUCCUCGAUCAUAGCGGAUUUGUGCCAUCGCAAAUCUUCCAUCAGAUUUUCUCCGCAGUCAAAUUUCCAGAAUCAUCCUAUUUCCGUCUGUUAGAAUAAAUCGGGGUGCAGGCAUACAUAUUUUUAUGUUGUUUGUACUAGUGAAUUUUGAAAAUAAUGUAGGCUAUGGUAAUGAGGGAUGGCACUCAGAGGGUGAUGGCGCUCAAGAUUCUGAAGAUACUUUUGAUUGGAGAAAUGAUGAUUUAGCCGAAGUGAUAGGUCCAAAAAAAGAGGGGGAACUCGUUGUAUAAGUUUUACAGUUUUAAAUGUAUACAAAUAUAGCCAGAUCAGAUUUCCUUGAUGCAAUCAUUAUUUAUUCAAUGGGUUGUCUAAUUUAGUCAGGUCCCUUUUUGUGCACCAAGCUUCACAUCGAGCAUCUUCUAACCCCAACAAGGCCUGAGUCACUAAAUAUAGAGAAAAGAGACAACAAACCUUCAAUAUGAACUAUGAGAGCCAGCUAAAGCGAUGUAGGUUAUUUGAUCAUCCAUUAUUCAAUUUCACGUUAAUCAUUGUGUUUCAUGUUUCUUUUUCCAGACUUCAAUUAUGGAAGGAAACAGGUGCCAUCUUGAAGUUCUUGAAAAUUGAUAUUCAGAAAUUCAAUUUGAAUCAUGGAAACCAGGAGCGAGUGAAAAGGUUUUUAGAUCUUUCUUCAAGUUUCAUACCAAGAGGAAUCGGGUUCCUUCAUAUUGUAUCGCUCCAACAAAAUUCCAUUUUUCAAAUGAACCAAGCCAUUGGCGAAUUGUCUCCGACCACAUGAUCGAUCAUCAAUCGGAAGCCAACAACCCAGGAGCUAAUUAGAGAUUUAGUAUAUAGUUGAUCUUGAUUGAACAAUCUAGUCUUGUGUACUUAAUUUGUAUUAGUCUUUUAGAUACAUUUGAAUGAUAUACUAAAAACUUAUUUCAAUUUGCAAGUUUGAAUACGAAAAUAAUCUCUAAUACCCUACUUUGUUAUUAGUUAUUACAGGACAUA